ACAUGUGGUUAUGUCAUUUAAAUUUUAAAUACGGCAUAAUCAGAUGGACCAAAAUAUAAGGUUAUGUGGAAAUUUUGGCAUUUUAAAGACGAAAAUUACACUAAUUCAAAUUAGUAUAUAAAAAAAAUAACAAAAUCAGGGAAAAGAAAAAAUUCCAAAACAAUUUCUUAUAUGUUUUGAAUAUGUCUCCUGAGCUCCAUGUUUUUCCCAAAAAAUUAGAACAACUUUACAAUUUUCAAAUACUUGAAUGUUGUUUCUAUUCAGAAAAAUCCCAAAAUGUUAAUACAAUUCAUCUCAUAUUCAAAGCAAAACACACAACAUACAUUCGUUAAAAAAAAAAAUAAUUUAAAGUAUUUUUGUCCCCCCAAAACAUUGUGCCCUGGGCUACUGCCCCUGUAAGCCCUUUCUAAAGUCUGGCCCAACCUAGACUAGACUUUUUUAAUUUGAUGACUUAAAUACUUUAGUUAUAUUCCAAAUAUAUAAUAACUGCACAUUUGUCUACAUGUCAUUUCAAAAUUUUAAUCUCCUCAAGGUUUGCAGGGGACCUAAGAAGUUGGCUACAUAAACUCCUGAUAAAUCUAAAACUGUUUCAAAUUUCUAAUGCAAAGCAUACAAAUAAAGUUUAUGCAACACUUUGUGUCACUAUUUUGAAUUAAAGCUCACAAUAAAUAACUCAUUUUGGUUAUAGGUUAUUUAGAUUUAACCAUUCAUUUGCAUUGCUUUUAACCCAAGAGGUACACUAAGUAAAAAUAAACCUUAAACCUAAUCAGUUAUUUCAGAUAGUAAGCUAGUUUUAACUCAUUCACUAACAGAGUGACUUCAUGAAAUACAAGCUGAAAAAAGUGCAAAUAAACAUUUGAAAAUAUGUUUAAAAAGUAGCAGCCCUGCUGGAUUUUGAGUGAUAAAUCAGAAUUUUUUUUUAGUUAAAUUCAAACAUAAUUAAACCAUAUUCUUUUUUUUUUAUGACAAAACACAAUGUACUGCUGUACAGUUCAGUUCAGCAGUGGAAAUGUGUGGCCUACUGGCCGUACCCGGAUGACACAACGUUUGCUAAGGUUGUAAUGGCUGUAAACAGUUGAGAGCUACUGUACUGAAGCAUUCGUGGCAACAGAAAGGCGACAAUCUGAGACAUCUGCUGGAACACAUGAGCCAUAACACAAAAUCUCUUCAUCACCAUGACUCAGCUUAUCUCCAGUCAUCAUACUGGUUUGACUGGUCCCUUUAUCAUUCAUAGAAACGGCCUCCAUUCUGUUAUUUAUAUACAAAUAGAUCUGCAGUGUCUAUCAGCCUUUUGCCCAUUCAGAAGUGGUAAUCCAUUUCCCACAGUUUCCAUCUUUGCUCAACUUGAGUGAGAGUGAUUUAACACUCUGGACUCUACAAAUACAUGGACUUCUGUUCCAUUAACGCUGAAUGAAUAAACAAGCUUUAGAGCAGUGAUAUCUUUCUAAUAACAGCAUCUGGUGCUUGUAUAUUCCCUACAGGCUUGGCUUUGCCCUCUGGACAUCUGUUUAUUUGUUUCACAGCACAGGAACACCAGUCUGUUACUACUGCACACAAAGCAAGACAUAACCGCAAGAUUUUCCACAUUUUAUUAAAGUAAAGCUUCCAUAUUUACUGGUUUAUUUGCGACAGAUUAACAAAAAGCACCACAUAAUUUUGAGGUGUAAAAUUAAACUUGGUUUUCAAAGAUUUUCUGAUUGGCCUCUGGCAGGGCUUGGCUGAGCGGCUCUCAAUAAUACAAUCAAAGUUUGGACUCGCAGCAUUUAAAAGACAUGUUUAUGCGGGUUUAUGGGUAUUAAUGCUAGCAUAUAAUUAGCUGAACUUAAAGACAAAAGACAAUCAAUUAGUUUAUUUGUAGAGAACAGUUCAGCAACAAGUCAGUUCAAAAUGCUUUACAUCAUAAAAGCACAAAAAUAAAAAGUCAUAAUCAUACAGUCAACAUUUCAGAAACCAGUAACAAACGUUACAUUUUGCCGAGUGACAUCAUCAAAAACAUCAAUACAAAUGUGUAUAUAUGUGGUUAGCUAUUUUUCAUAGCCACUAUGCUAGCUAUGAAAAAUAGCUAGCCUAGCCUAGCUUAAAAAUAAGAACAUUAGGACUCCCUAAAACAAUAUUUGAAAUUUUGUUUUACAUAAGGCUGACAUAAUAUUAUGACAUACAAGCGUUUCAUAUUGGUCAAUAUUGACAAUUAUUGAUUAGUUUUUUUUGUUUAAAUAUCUGAAAUACACCAGUUUGGCUGUAUUUCAGAUAUUAGUUCCUGUUUUAUCCAGUUUUCACUUCACACUGUUUUUUUAUUUUUAAGGAGCUAUAUAUGAGACAUGGAAGCUAAAUCUUAAACUGCUGCUGCGGAAGUUACUCAACAGGUUGUUGCUAAGUAACCAAAGAACGAGUGGGUUGCUAGGUAACCAAAUGUAAGACAGUGAGUUGAUUCCACUGACAUGGAUUUUUUUUUUCUUUUGCGUUAACUUGCAAAAGUAUUGCAUUCCCUUGCAAUAAUGUAUUGAUUAGUUUAUGCGGCAUAAAUUAAUACUUAAAGUCUUUCUGCUACAUUAUAAGGUUUUGGUUUUUCCAUGUAUGUUAAGAUGUCAUUUGAGAAUGAAGUUUUACAGUAAGAAGAAAGAAAGAAAAAAAGAAAAGAAAGAAAGAUACAGCCAAACUAUUUGAAUUAUUUUUGAGUUAUUUUCAUGGGGUAAUAAAAUCAUAUGACAGUUUAGAUCGUGUCUGUUUGUGUUUGUAGUCUGAAUGGUUAAUAAAGAUUAUUUUCAUGUGCAACACCAUCCCAACCUUACAAAAACAAACAUGAACACGCAUUAAUAGUUCGAUUUUCAAUCAGUUUUUUUGCACCAGAAAAAAAUUUUUAUAAACGCGUUUUCACUGAGGCUCUUUGUAUAACUGCUCACUUUUAAAUUGACAUCUGUUACUGUACAUAAAAUACACACACAACACAACAAAAGAAAAAGAAAAGAAAAUAGCGGGCUCCGUACUUUAAGCCGAUUUUGACCCUCGGUGUAAAAAGUUUGGAUGCCAUUGGAUUAAUGCAUUUAUUCUCCCUGCAUUAAUAAGUUGCAUUCUACCUAUACACCACGUGAGGGCGCUAGAAUCAUCCAAAUCAAACCUAUUGUUGGGAAUAAAGGAGGAAAACAAAGUAAAAAAAAAUUAACAUAAUUACUUAAUUUCACCUCUAGAUCUUUAAUAAACACGUUUAUAGAUGUAACCUUAAAUAGACCAGAUGGGGUUUUUUUGUUUAUUUGUUUUUUUAAGGUUUUUAAAGUACAAAAAAAAUAGACAUUAAGAGUAAUUAAUUCUCAGUGUAUUGUUGAGAUAAUCGGUUUAUUUUCCUGAUAAAGCUCCCGCCUCUCUGCUGAUUCCUCGCUGCUCUCCGGUUUCUCCUCAGAUUAUGAGUCUCAGAGGAGCGGGACGGAUUUUCUGCCUGCACCAUUUUUUUCUCAUCCCCAACAGCCCACACCUUUCCUCUCCUCUGCUUCUGCUGCCUACUACUCACCUCGGCUCUGCAGCAUCUUCACACGAGUCCAGCCGAGCCGGUUCUGGUUCUGGUCCUGGUGGGGAACGUCAUGGUUCAAGCGGCGCCUAAUUUACUGUGAAGAAAAUGUGCGGAACGCGUCGCUUGGAAUAAACAAAUGGUCGCUACAGAUUGCCAGGAUUCAUGGAGACAACACAAGACUGCGCCUGUUACAAAGUUGUGCAAGGGAAAGUCUGGGAACGUCCCAGGAAAAAAUGCCAUUCUGGAGGAGAAAUACAUAUGUUGAGAAGGAACGCCGUGUAAAAGCCAAUGCACGAGAAUACAAUGAGAAGUUCUCAUACGCUAACAAUCACAUUAAGACUUCAAAGUACAACGUCUUCACCUUCCUGCCCAUCAACUUGUUUGAGCAGUUCCAGAGGGUGGCGAAUGCUUACUUUGUUGUGCUGCUGAUCCUCCAGUUUCGACACAAGAGCGAUCGGCAAGUCAACAACCGCCAGUCUCAGGUUCUCAUCACAGGAAGUUUACAGAAGGAGAAAUGGAUGAAUGUUCGAGUGGGAGACAUCAUCCAACUGGAGAAUAAUCAGUUUGUUGCUGCCGAUAUCCUCCUCCUGUGCAGCAGCGAGCCUUAUGGCCUUUGCUAUAUUGAGACAGCAGAGCUGGACGGGGAGACAAAUCUGAAGGUCCGCCAGGCCUUGAGUGUGACCUCAGAUUUGGGAGACGUUUCAAAACUGAUGGACUUUGAUGGAGAAGUCAUUUGUGAACCACCAAACAACAAGCUGGAUAAAUUUACAGGCACUUUGCACUGGAGAGACAAUAAAUACUCUCUGGAUAAUGAAAAAAUGCUCCUGCGCGGUUGUGUUCUCAGAAACACUGAGUGGUGCUUCGGCAUGGUCAUAUUUGCUGGGCUACAAACCAAGCUGAUGCAGAACUGUGGACGGACUAAGUUCAAACGGACCAGCAUUGACAAACUUAUGAACACACUAGUUUUAUGGAUUUUUGCCUUCCUCAUCUGUAUGGGGGUGGUUUUGGCAAUAGGAAACACCAUUUGGGAGACUUGUGUGGGCAGAAAGUUUGAGCUGUUCCUGCCAUGGGAUGAGUUUCAGAGCAGCGCCGUUUUUUCUGGCUUCCUCACCUUCUGGUCCUACAUCAUCAUCCUCAACACUGUUGUCCCCAUUUCCCUGUAUGUCAGUGUGGAGGUCCUGCGGCUCAGUCACAGUUUCUUCAUUAACUGGGACCAGAAGAUGUACCACAAUCAGAGCGACACGCCGGCCGAGGCUCGCACCACCACCCUGAACGAGGAGCUCGGACAGGUCGAGUUCAUCUUUUCUGACAAGACCGGCACGCUGACGCAGAACAUCAUGGCAUUCAGCAAGUGCUCCAUUAAUGGGCAGACGUACGGUGAUGUCUAUGAUGAAUUCAACCAGAAGGUGGAAAUUACAGAGAAAACAGAGUGCGUAGACUUUUCCUUCAACCCGCUCUGCGACAAAGCCUUCAAGUUUUACGACUGCAGCCUGGUUGAAGCCGUCAAACAGCAGGAAUCUGCAGCACAGGACUUCUUCAGACUGCUGGCUCUGUGCCACACCGUCAUGCCAGAGGAGAAGAGUGAAGGGAAUCUGGUGUACCAGGCCCAGUCACCGGAUGAAGGAGCAUUGGUAACCGCAGCACGAAACUUUGGGUUUAUCUUCCGGGCUCGAACUCCAGAAACCAUCACGCUUUGUGAGAGGGGAAGAGCGGCUACCUACGACCUGCUGGCCAUACUGGACUUCAACAACGUGCGCAAGAGAAUGAGUGUCAUUGUGAGGAAUCCCCAAGGUCAGAUUAAACUAUAUUGCAAAGGAGCCGACACAAUCAUCUUUGACCGCCUGGAUCCGUCCAGCGAAGACCUCAUGUACGCUACCUCAGAACACCUCAGUGAAUUUGCAGGAGAAGGGCUUCGAACUCUAGCUCUUGCCUACAAAGACCUCAGCAAAGAAUAUUAUCAGGUGUGGCAGAAGAAGCUUCACUACGUGAGCACUGUGAUUGAGAACCGUGAAGAGCAGCUGGCUGCUCUCUACGAGGAAAUAGAGCAAGGCAUGAAGCUUCUUGGAGCCACAGCGAUAGAGGACAAACUUCAAGAAGGAGUGCAGGAGACAAUCGCUUGUCUGAAUCUAGCCGACAUCAAGAUCUGGGUUCUAACAGGAGACAAGCUAGAGACGGCGAUGAGCAUCGGUUACUCCUGCAACAUGCUGCGGGACGACAUGGAUGAGGUGUUUGUUAUCUCUGGGCUCACGCAGCUGGAGGUGCAGCAGCAGCUCAGGAACGCUAAGGAGAACAUCCUCGGCCUGCGCCGGCUGAGCAGCACAGCAGACGUCCAGAAAGGCGACGUGUUUGCAGAAGAUUCAGUGUUUGAAGAAACGAUUAUUUCCGAGUAUGCCUUGGUCAUCAACGGUCACAGUCUGGCUCACGCGCUGGAGCCCCAGCUGGAGCACACGCUGCUGGAUCUGGCCUGUUUGUGUAAAACGGUCAUCUGCUGUCGGGUCACGCCGAUGCAGAAAGCUCAGGUGGUGGAGCUGGUGAGGAGGCACAAGAUGGCCGUCACGCUGGCCGUGGGGGACGGCGCCAACGACGUCAGCAUGAUCAAAACCGCCCACAUCGGCGUAGGCAUCAGCGGACAGGAGGGGAUGCAAGCUGUUCUGGCCUCAGAUUACUCCUUCGCUCAGUUUCGGUACCUGCAGAGGCUGCUGCUGGUGCACGGGCGCUGGUCCUACUUCCGAAUGUGUAAUUUCUUGGCCUACUUCUUCUACAAGAACUUUGCCUUCACCCUGGUCCACUUCUGGUACGGCUUCUUCUGUGGUUUCUCAGCACAGACUGUGUACGACCAGUGGUUCAUAACCCUCUUCAAUAUUGUUUAUACAUCGUUACCAGUUCUGGCGAUGGGACUUUUUGAUCAGGACGUCAACGACCAGAACAGCCUUCGCUACCCGAGCCUGUACAAACCGGGCCAACAGAACCUGCUCUUCAACAAACGCCAGUUCUUCCUCUGCACGCUGCAAGGCAUGGUGACGUCAUUCCUGCUUUUCUUUAUUCCCUACGGAGCGUUCUCCGUCAUGCUGAAGGACGACGGCUCCGACUUCUCUGACCAGCAGGCGUUUGCCGUCACCAUAGCAACAACGUUAGUCAUUGUUGUGAGUGUUCAGAUUGGACUGGAUACACACUACUGGACAGCAGUCAAUCAUCUGUUCAUGUGGGGCAGCCUGAUCGUGUAUUUUGCCAUUCUGUUUGCAAUGCAAAGUGACGGCCUGUUUGGCAUCUUUCCGAGUAAUUUCCCAUUUAUUGGUACGGCUCGUAACUGUCUCUCGGAGAAGAGCGUGUGGUUGGUCAUCCUGCUCACCACUGUGGUGUGCAUUUUGCCUGGCUUAGUCGUGAGCUUUCUGAGAAUCGACCUCUUCCCAACUCUAACAGACAAGAUUCGUCAUUUGCAGCAGUCCAGGAAAAAACAAAGGCCUCAGGAGCAGAACCUGAGGCGAGUCCGCCGGACGAGCUCUCGCCGCUCUGCCUACGCCUUCUCCCACCAGCAAGGCUACGGAGAGCUGAUCACCUCGGGCAAAAACAUGAGAGUGAGCACACUGUCUUCCUCUCGCUCCCUGGAAAGAAUAGCACAGAGCUCCAGCUGGAUAGAAAAUAUACUGAAGAGGAAGAACGAAGUCUCAGCAGAACCGGCAGAGAGCCAUAAAGCAGACAGGCUGAAGUAACACUAAAGGAUUCAAGUGCCUAACCAGAGUAUUAACGCCCAUUUUAACUUCUCACAUUUUUGUUAUGUUACAAAUACAAACUUUAAUUUUAGCAGGAUUUUAUAUUGUUGGCCAAAAGCCGAGGUGGAAGGAAAUUGAUAUAUGUUGUUAUCAGAAUGUUUUACAAAUAAAAAUCUGGAACAGUU